AUGAUUAGCUCUGACGUUAUCAUCAUCACCAAAGGAAAUACUGGAUCUAUUACCAUCACUAAAAGAAAUCUGAAAUUAUCACCAUCAUCAUGGAAUCCAUAUCCUAAAAUUAAACUAAUUACGGAUACACAGCCACUACAUGAUUUUGAUACUGCGUAUUUUUGGAUACAUAGCCUAUUUGCAACUGCUACAACUUACGGAUACUGCGCACUUUUAGAUAUUGUAGAUUUUGCGGCUUAUGAACUUUGCAGAUAUUAG